AUGAUAGAGGCACCAACGUGGAACUCGACCAAGAAGGAUGAGAGUAUCUACAAGGCCGCGGGUGCCAUGCACCUGCGCAAGUACGGGGAGUUUUUCGAGAAUUUGGUGGAGAAGUCAUGGAAGAGUGGCGACUCAACGCUGGAGCACGUCGUAGAGGGUCCUUUACGCCUAGUCUACAAGACCAGGGAGGACAUUGGCAUCCUUUCCCUGGUUGAGAUGGAGAACAAGGUGCUCUCGAAGCUGCUGGCAGCGGUGGCAGGCACGUGCAGGGAGGUCAGACUGCUGAAGGCCGAGGCUGCUGGCUUCUACGCAAGGCUCUUCGCCCACGGCGAGAGGUGUACGGACGACGACGGUCUCGCCGGAGUAACCGAGCUGCUGUCCGAUCUCCUGGACCUGUCUGUCUUUGCUAAUCGUAUGUCAGCGGUCGUACACUUGACCACGCAGCAACUAGCGAGUCUGUCCGGCGCCGUCCACGAGAUCUACCUGCCCGUUCUGCUCGAGGGAUUCGUAGACCUAUUCGUGAUCCUCGUGAUCUUCGACGAGAUUGUCGACGCUCAGCCAGCGAUACUAGACCAGUGGAAGAGAUACAGGAUGCACGUGCGCUCGGUGAUGCAUAAUCCAUCGCAGUUCGGUGUCGCGGAGGCUUCGCCGAAGCUAGAGACGUUCGAUCGUCUGCUGAGAGAUCUACAGGAGAAGCUGCUGCGUAAGAAUAUGUUUCUGAAGGCGAUCGAGCACGUGAUGGACGUGAACAAGGGAGCGAUGAUGAGCGAGCAGAUCGUUAGCUAUCUUAAGAACCUGAUAACGGACGUGGAGGGCAAGUCCAACGACCACGCGGCUGUGAACAGGAACUGGAUAAGAGCCAAUGUCGGCGUCGCCAUGGUGCUAAAGCUAUUUGGCGCCUGCGAUAAGAAGUUGAUCAGAAGGGUACUGGAGGUCAACAAGAGAUUCUACGCGGUCACGCUGAUGGGGAACGUGAUGUGGGUGCCCAGCAAGUUUCUCGGCGACGUUGUACCGAAGGAAACCGGCACGACGAGCGCCGUGAGCCCGCAGGUGGGCGAGAGGAUCCUGCUGGCGCGAACGCAGAGACUGCCGGUCACGGUGAACGCGUUGAUACAGCGUUCGGCGACCUGGUGCGUGGAGAUGCAGAGCAUUCUCACACGGACCAGUCUCCAGGUGUCGGACAUCGGGCAGAAGCGCACGCUGCUCACCGAUCUGCUGGCAUUGCUGGCGCAGAUGAAAGAGACCGUCGCGUUCGUGACGAAUCUGCAUGCUCAACUGUCGAAGCCGAUGAGCCGUGGUACGGUGCAGUUGAUCUGCCGACUCGUGGAGCUGCAGAGAGCCUUGCAGACGACGUUCCACGCGCUCGGGCCAGUCGUGGUGCAGUCGCAGGCACAAGUGCUGCAGUACUUGGCCUACUACGUGCUGAUGAUGAUGGAGACAGCGCGCAAGGCUCUCGUUCAGCGGGACAAAGGCUACAGCAGGGAACGACUGGACGCGCUCUCGUUGAUAGGGCUGAGCAUGCGACUGAUGAGCGGGCCGGCGAGUCCAGACAGGCGGUUGAUAGUGCGCUGCGCACUGGCGUGCGCCACCCAACUGACUGACACCUUCCGCGAGGAGGAGGUCGUGAAGCUGCGGUUUCUGUUGGACAGCUACGAUGCCGUGGCCGAGUUGUACGAGCUAGUCGACGAACACUGCGACUAUUCACUGCUGCUGCAUCAUCAGAACAUGCUGCCCGCUUAUCUCUCCUCGGUCGUCGACAGUAGUACCGGUGGCGUCUGCCAUCUCGCUCAUCUAUUCGCCGCCUUUAACAGCGCCGUAAGCGAGCAAGAAUUCGCCGAGCUGAAGGCGAAACGCAUCGCCGAGCUGCGGGAGAGCUUAGUGAAGAGCGUGUUGAAACCGGCGUGCCACGAGAUCGAGACCAGCUUACGACUGCACGUACACGCUCAUCUCAAACUGGACUCCACGAAUCCCUUUAACAUCGGCGCGAAAGACAGCGGCAGGGUGGUGCGAGCACCGCCGCUACCGUUGGCCGAAAACAUGGUUUGCACCAAGAGGUUCGUCGAGCAUUACCUGGAUGACAUGUUUUAUAAUCUGACGACGGUAGCUCUGCACGACUGGAGAACCUAUCGGACGAUGCAUGCAUUGGCCAGCUACAAGAUGGGUCUGGACACAGUGCAGGAUCACCUGCCGACGCAGACUCUCGAGCAGGGCCUGGAUGCUUUGGAGAUUAUGCGUAAUAUCCACGUAUUCGUUUCCAGGUACCUGUACAAUCUAAACACGCAGACGUUCGUGGAGCAUAGCAGCGGCAACAAGCACCUAAACACCAUUGGCAUUCGGCAUAUUGCUAACUCAAUUCGCACUCACGGCACCGGUAUCAUGAGCACCACCGUGAACUUUGUUUACCAGUUUCUGCGCGUAAAGCUGCAUACCUUCUCGCAAUUCCUUUUUGACGAGCACAUCAAGUCGCGACUAAUGCGCGACAUCAGAUUCGUCCGCGCGCAACGGGAAGCAGGCGCUGCUCCGUACACGUACGAGCGAGCGGAGAAAUUCCAGAAGGGCAUUCGGAAAUUGGGAAUGACCGCCGACGGGCUGAGUUACCUGGAUCAGUUUCGCCAAUUGAUCACGCAGAUCGGUAACGCACUCGGCUAUGUGCGGCUGAUUCGCUCCGGCGGCCUUCACGCUAGUUCCAAUGCGGUCUCCUUUCUGCCGGAUAUCGAGAAAACGGUGCCAUUCGAAUCGCUCUGUCGCGGACUGAAUUAUAGCGCCACGACACAGGCUGCGGCCAGACGGCUGGAGAACGACAUAGCCGAUCUGGUGCGUAACUUUACCGAGGGCAUUCAAUACUUCAAGCUGCUGGUCGACGUGUUCGCCCCGGCGUUCCGAGACGCCAAGUCUUACCAUCUGCAACAGUUUUACGCUAUCGUGCCGCCGCUGACGCUCAGCUUCGUCGACAACUCCGUGUCCAACAAGGAGAAGAUGUUUAAGAAGAACCAAACCGGCGCGGCUUUUACCGACGAUGGCUUUGCUAUGGGUAUUGCUUACAUCAACGCGCUGCUCGAUCAGAGUACUGAACUGGACGGCCUUCAUUGGUUCAAGACGGUGGAACAGCACAUCGCUCAGGAGAGGCUCGCUGCAGAGCGCAAAGACGACCAUGGCGACGAGAAACUUCAGCAGACCAGGGCGCUCACGCUCCAACGUCUCACCGAGAGAAAUGCCGAGUUCCAAUUGCUGUACUAUAGUCUUUCUGGUGCCAGAGUGUUCUUUAAGCAACCUGAUACGUAACGCAAGACAAUCUCAUUUUGAUAUUUCGAUACUGUCAUUUAGGAUAUUUAUCAGUUACCAGUCGAUUUUGAUAUUAUUAGGAGAGAAAUGGUUGGUACGAGGAUUUAUGUGUAUAAAUGUACAUUUUUUAAACUAUUUCUUUCCAAAUUUUUGAAUGCGAACGAAACUUUAAAUAAAUGUAAACUCCAUUCCAGCAUCCCUUCCAAUUUAUUCUCAUACAUGUUUGUCAUCAUAGCACAUGUUGUAAAUUACUUAGACUGCCUACGAUCAUUUUUAUAAAUAUUUUCUACAUUCACGAUGUCGUUACAAUGUCAGAGCUUUGUUCAAUAAAUAAUGAUGGCUAGACU